UAACUGCUGCCCGACCGACAGGCCCCGGGGGUCCGACACCGCUGUGAAGCUGCAGACACUAGAGGAGGGUUUGGUUUUCAGCGCAGCGCCGCCGCUGCGUCUCCUGUCCUCUCUGAGAUGCGCCCGGGCGAAAGGAGGGGAGGAAUAGCCGGAGGGAGGGAUGGCUGAAUAACGAGGAGAGUAAACACCCACUCCGGAGUGACCGAAGAGUCUCCGGAAAGAAGGAGUGAGAGAAAGAGUGGGAGAAGAGGAGUGAAGAGGAACAGGAGCGCUCUGGAAGGACAGCAGGCAUAUUUGGUUCAGGAGAUUUCUGAUGAGGAUUUUUUUUUUUAAACCCAAAACGCUUGGAAUCGAUGACUGUAGAGAUUUAGACAGCCACUUCUCAGGAUGUUAUCAACGGGCCAGGGUUGGAGGUGUUUGUGGGCUCCACUGGUGUUACUGGCCCUCAUUUCUUAUUAUCCCAGUAACGCUCAGAGUCAUGUUCCAGCUCCGAAGAGACUGCGUUUCAAAGUGCUGAGUUCAAGUAAACUCCACGUUUCAUGGAGGGAGCCCAAAGGAGAUGUCGACAGCUACCUGUUUAUCUACAAUAGUAUACCAGGUGGUCAGCAGAGGGAGAUCAUACUGCCUAAAACCAACACUACGGUAUUGAUAACAGACUACAGUCCUUCUAAAGACUAUACUUUUGGUGUCAUGGCUGUAAGUGGCAGGAAACGGAGCCGCCCUCUUCAGGGGAGGUUUAAAGCUCAUGCAGGUGAAAGGGGUGAGAGUGAUGGAAGAGAAAAGAUGGAGACCCAAAGGCAGAGUGAUUUAGUCGUGUCUCCUGAAGAUGCCAAUGAGAUCAUUGCAGCUGACCAGUUUGUGUGCCACACCGGAGCCAUGGCAGAUAUUGUGAUCCUGGUAGACGGCUCGUGGAGCAUCGGCCGGGUCAACUUCAGACUGGUCCGCAUGUUUUUGGAAAACCUGGUCAAUGCCUUUGAUGUUGGCAUCGAUAAGACAAGAAUAGGUCUGGCACAGUACAGUGGGGAUCCAAGGAUAGAGUGGAAUCUGAAUAGUUUUUCUAAUAAGGAUGCAGUUAUUGAUGCUGUUAAGAAUCUGCCUUACAAAGGAGGAAACACUCUCACAGGCCUCGCCUUGACGUUUAUCUUAGAGAAUAGUUUCAAGGCUGAGUCUGGCUCUAGGAUUGGUGUACCAAAGAUUGGGAUCCUCAUCACAGAUGGAAAGUCCCAGGAUGAUGUUAUACCACCAGCAGAUAGACUACGAAAGGCUGGUGUUGAGCUGUUUGCCAUCGGUGUAAAGAAUGCUGAUGAGAAUGAACUGCGCUCCAUUGCUUCACAGCCGGAUGACACUCAUGUCUUCAAUGUGGCUGACUUCAGCAUUAUGAGCUCCAUAUUGGAGGGACUGACGAGAACAGUCUGUGAACAAGUGGAGCAGCAAGACAAAGACAUCAAGCAGGAUUUUAUACCAGAAAAAACGGGAAUGCCGCUUAACUUGGUGACAUCAGAGGUUGCAGCCAAGAGCUUUCGGGUCUCAUGGAGACCAGCUCCCGGAAAUGUAGAGAAGUACCGAGUGGUUUAUUAUCCUGUUCAGGGAGGGGAACCGCAGGAGGCUGUAGUGGUUGCCAGUGAGACUUCGGUGGUGUUACAAUAUCUUAGGCCUCUCACUGAGUACCAGCUUGCUGUGUUUGCCGAGUACGCAAACGAUGCAAGUGAAGCUCUCAGAGGAUCAGAGACAACCUUGGCUCUCCCUGCAGUAACCAGCCUCCAGCUGUUUGAUGUGACGCACAGCGCUAUGAAAGCUAGAUGGGACAGCGUGGAUGGAGUCUCGGGGUACAUGCUGCUGUAUGCCCCAAUUACAGAGCUGGAAGACUUGGAUCAAAAGGAGAUCAAGGUUUCUGAUGCAGUAACGGAGCUGGAGCUGAGUGGGUUACUCCCUGAUACUGAAUACUCCGUCACUGUUUAUGCCACGUAUGACGGGGAAGCCAGUGACCCUGUUACAAAUCAAGCUACAACAUUACCACUGAAUCCUCCCAGGAACCUCCAGUUUUCUGACAUCACUCACAACUCUGCUCACCUCAGCUGGGAUUCAGCAUCCGGUGGAGUGAGAGGGUACCGCAUCAUGUGGGUUAAGACCGAUGAACUAAUUACAAACGAGGUGGAUGUGGGCCCAGUGACUUCUUAUGAUCUCAGUGAGCUCACGUCUCUCGUGGAGUACUCGGUGGCCAUCUUUGCUCUGUACGACGAGGGCCGGUCAGAGGCUCUCACCGACGGCUUUACUACAACUCCAGUGCCCGGUCCGCUCAAUCUGCGCUCCUCUGACGUCAGCACGAACAGCUUUCAGGUCAGCUGGGAUCACUCAGCCAAUGACAUUGUCCUCUACAGACUGUCCUGGGCUCCGUUCACAGGCGGUGACACAAAAGAGGUGAUUUUGAGUGGAAGUGACGAUGGAUACGUCCUGACUGGUCUCAGACCCUCGACUGAGUAUGAGGUCAUGUUGACGGCCAUGUUCAGAGACGAAUCUGAGAGUGACGCUGUUUCUGUCAUAGAGACCACAUCGGCAAAGACAACAACUGCUCCCACAACCCAAGUUCUACGCCAGGCUGUGAAAAACCUUUAUGUGAGUGAUGAGACCACCCAGAGCCUAGAUGCAGUGUGGGAGCUGGAAGAUCCCGGCGUGGCGAGUUUUAGGGUCUCCUACGCCAGUAUCAGCAGUGAUCAUGAGGAGGAGUCUGUGUCGGUUGGUGGUGAUCAGAGAAGAGCAGUGCUCCAGCCUCUACUAGCAGACACCGAGUAUAAAGUGACGGUCACACCACUGUACGGAGAUGGAGGAGACGGCAUCAGUGCCUCUGCUGUGGGCUCCACAUUGCCGCUUUUGCCUCCUGAAAAUGUCCGCGUGUCUGAGGAGUGGUACAACCGCUUCCGUGUCACCUGGGAUCCCCCUGAGUCUCCUACAAUAAGUUACAAGAUUGUUUACCAGCCCAUCUACGUUCAAGGUCCAGUCUUGGAGACCACGGUCGGUGAAGAUGGAAACUCUAUGCUCCUCCUAAAUCUGCUUAGUGGUACAGAGUACAACGUCCAGGUGAUGGCUUCCUACCCUGCAGGACAAAGUGAACCUGUUCUAGUUAAUGGGAAGACAUUGUUCCUCGGUGUCUCUGGCUUGUCAACCUACCAGGUGCGUCCUGACAGCAUGUGUGUUCAGUGGCAGCCUCUACUACGUGCCACCUCAUACAGAGUCUCUAUACAGUCUACACUUAAUGGCCAGAGCCAAGAGGUGAACCAGGGAGGCAGAGCUUCACGGCACUGUUUCUAUGACCUUACUCCCAGUAGCCAAUACCAAAUCAGUAUUUAUACACAAAUCCCAGAACUGGAAGGACCUUCAGUCUCCAUAACUGACAUGACUUUGCCUGCGCCCACUCAGGCUCCCACUGAGCCACCCACCACAGAGCCCCCUCCAACCAUCCCACCAGCUAAAGAAGUAUGCAAGGAGGCCAAGGCUGACCUGGUGUUCCUGAUUGAUGGGUCCUGGUCCAUUGGAGAUGACAACUUCAUGAAGAUCACUCGUUUUCUUUACAGCACCAUGGGAUCAUUGGAUCUGAUUGGACCAGAUGGCACACAGGUGGCCAUUGCUCAGUUCAGCGAUGAUGCACGGACAGAAUUCCAGCUGAGUUCCCAUGGCGACAAAGAAGCGCUGCUGGAAGCUAUUCAGAAGAUCAGAUACAAGGGAGGAAACACCAAGACAGGUCGAGCCAUCAAACAUGUGAAAGAAUCUAUUUUUACCCCUGAGGCUGGAGCCAGAAGGGGUGUUCCUAAAGUCCUUGUUGUUCUGACUGACGGACGUUCGCAAGAUGAUGUCAACAAAGUGUCAAAGGAGAUGCAAAUGGAGGGUUAUAUAAUCUUCGCAAUUGGCUUUGCUGAUGCAGACUACGGAGAGUUGGUGAACAUCGCCAGUAAACCCAGUGAUAGACACGUCUUUUUCGUUGACGAUCUGGACGCUGUGAAGAAAAUCGAAGAGCAACUCAUUACGUUUGUCUGUGAGGCUGCGACUGCAACCUGUCCAGCUGUUUUGAUGAACGGUAAUACACUGGCAGGUUUCAAAAUGAUGGAGAUGUUUGGCCUGGUAGAGAAGGAGUACGGCACCAUACCUGGAGUUUCUCUGGAGCCUGGUUCGUUCAACAGCUACCCCUGCUACAGGCUGCACCGGGACUCCCUGGUGUUACAGCCUACCAAAUACCUUCAUCCUGAAGGUCUCCCCUCAGACUACACCAUUUCCAUGAUGCUUCGCUUACUUCCUGAGACGCCGCAGGAACCCUUUGCAUUGUGGGAAAUCCUAAACAAGGACAAUGAGCCACUGGUGGGACUAAUCCUCGACAACUCUGGAAAGACGCUGACGUUCUUCAACUAUGACUACAAAGGAGACUUCCAGACUGUUACCUUUGAAGGGCUAGAAAUCAAAAAGAUAUUUCAUGGCAGCUUCCACAAGCUCCAUGUAACCAUCAGCAAGACAUCUGUGAAGGUGAUGUUGGACUGUUCUGUAGUGGGAGACAAAUCAAUCAGUGCAUCUGGGAACAUCACCACAGAUGGAGUGGAGAUACUUGGAAGGAUGGUUCGGUCCAGAGGCAGACGAGACAGUUCUGCUCCAUUCCAGCUCCAGAUGUUUGACAUCAUCUGUAGCACAUCCUGGGCCAGUAGAGAUAAGUGUUGUGAGCUUCCAGCAUUGAGAGUUGACGAGCAGUGUCCUCCAUUGCCUCAUGCCUGUUCCUGCUCCCAGGAAAGCAAAGGACCUCCAGGACCCUCUGGACCCCCUGGUGGUCCAGGCAUAAGAGGAGCCAGAGGGGACAGAGGAGAGCCAGGAGUGACGGGUCCUCAAGGGGCUACAGGAGAAGCUGGCCCUCCUGGCCCUCCAGGGCCUUCAGGCCCUCAGGGACCCGACGGUCUGUCUAUUCAGGGACCCCCGGGAGCUCGUGGGGAGAAGGGAGAGAAAGGAGAGAUUGGACCAGCUGGACUAACGGGUGUUCCUGGAAGUCCUGGCUCAACUGGUAGAGAUGGCCCUCCAGGACCGAGGGGUCUGCCAGGUAAUAAUGGGCCACAAGGACGACAAGGACCCGCUGGACCUGUUGGAGUCCCUGGUGCUCCAGGAGCUCCAGGACCAGGUGGACCAGCAGGGUCUCACGGGGAUCAAGGACAUGCAGGUCCUGCUGGGACCAAAGGCGAAAAGGGGGAAAGAGGGGAUGUGCAGUCCCAAGCUGCAGUUAGAGCUAUUGCACGACAAGUGUGUGAACAGCUCAUCCAGAGCCACUUGUCCCGCUAUAAUUCCAUCUUGAACCAAAUCCCUGUUCAGUCAUCGACGUCGGUCCGAACAGUCCCCGGACCACCUGGAGAGCCCGGCAGGAAAGGGCCGCCAGGUCCUCUGGGAGAGCAAGGCCCACCUGGCAGGCCAGGUUUCCCUGGUACUAAUGGCCAGGGUGGCCAACCGGGUCAGAGGGGUCUCCCAGGAGAGAAGGGAGAAAGGGGGAGUCCAGGCGUUGGGAAUCAGGGACCUCGAGGACCGCCCGGCCCUCCAGGCCUACCGGGUGAAGGACGAACUGGCAGCCAGGGUUCACCUGGUCGUCCUGGUAACCCAGGGACAGCAGGUAGGCCAGGAAAUCGUGGAGCCACGGGAGCAGCUGGCCCACCAGGUUACUGUGACCAGAACUCCUGUUUGGGAUACAACGUUGGAGUUCAACAGGGCUAUGGGAAUGAUUACUGAGGAGCAAUCUCCAGACAUCUUCCUCUCCCUCUCCUCUCAAGCUCACCUCCCUCAGUCGCCCAUUAAAAAAAAAAGAAAGAAAGAAAAGAGAAAUCCAAUCAUUCCUGCAAGGCUGCCACGUCCUGGGAUGGAUGAGCAAUCGCAGCAUUCCUCAACUUCUAAACCUUGCAGCAGCAGAUUGUUAAUUUCAGUUCUGUGUUGUUUUUAAAUUGACGUGCCCUAAAUGGUUUGUUCCAAAUUAUUUUCUACAUUUUUUAAGAAGCAAUUCUUAACAAUGAUUUUUGAUUUUGAAAAACAAUGCCCAUCAUAUUUAUCAGCCUUUACACAUGCAAAACCAUAUAAUUCCUGACUGAUAAUACCAACUGGAUUUCUGUUGGCUCUCAGCUGAAUUUCUUGAUAGAAACAGGUUGAUAAAGAUGCCUGUUAUGUCUCAAGGACAAAAAUGGAUUAGCUAACUGUCCCAGAGGUCCCAAAAAAAUCCCCUGCAAUGUUGCCGUGACGAUCGCCACCACUGAUUGCAUCGUAUUUUUUCAACAAUUACUCAUGUACUCUGCUCUGCUACAGCAGCCUCCACUCCCCCUGCUUCCAGCUCAAAUCCCUUUACAAGACUUUGAUGCCAGCUGGCUGCUUUCAUAACAAGAGAACAGCUACCUGUUUCCCCCCCAAGAAACAAAAUGCAUCUUAAAGAACAGGAUCCACAUGUGCAGAAAGACUAACCCGAAUGUGCGGUUACCUUUUUCCUUGUUUUCAAAAAAAAUAUCACAUCUUAGCAGUACAGUGUAGAAAUUACAUUUUUAUUCACCCGUGACUUUGACUUGAGUCCCAUUUCCAGUUAUGUAAUCUCAGAUAACUUUCUUCAGAAAUAAGGAAAUUAGGUAUUAAAUCAGAAAAAUCUUUAAAACUGCUGCAAAGCAUCCUCUCAGCCUGCAUGUCUCACAUUCCAGGUGCGUCUCUUCUCAGUUGCCCCUUCAGCUUGUUUUAACAGCACACUCCCUGAAUGUUUCUUUAAUGUGAUGGUGGCAUCUAACACGGUUGCAGUUCC